UGAUGGUCUCUCGGCUUGACUGAGUGCUGAGCGUACCUUGAUGAGGCGAUUGGGAAAGACGACACCGCUUGGGGUCUUGAUGGGGGAGUCCAGUCGUGCAGACAUGACGAGGGAGAGUAAUUUGCUUUAUUUACGGGUAUCUCGAUGAAAUGAAGUGAGCUUGAUGAAGAGAAAUGUUGUGGUGUUGGAGAGAGCAACGUCGUACCACCGAUAUAAAUAUCACCCUACAUCACGUUUCGGUCCAGGGCUUGUCCGGCACGCGCUCAAGCACCGCCCUUUUCACGCGUGGUCAUGCCUUUUCGUGUCCGCUCCAUUUCCUAUCUGGGCCGCUGCUUACAUAUUCCAUCCUGCAAGGCUUGCCAGAACAUUGACUUGCCUAACGAGUUCCGUGGGGUCUGGUCCGCCCGUCUGUUGGCUGAGUCGGCUGGCCAUAGAGGUGCUGUGCCGCGGUGGUCGUGCGUUGAUUGUCUGCGGAACUCCACCAUCACGUAAGCCACGUCGACGAAGGCCUUCCUAGACAGGUAACCAGCCCCUACAUUUGCGCCCUUGUCGCUAUCUCUUGCGGAGUGCGGAAUACAAAUGAGUCAAAAUUAGGAGACCGGCAAUCUCUGAAAGUUUGACGACGCA